AUGUUUUCGUCUGGCCUCUUGAAGCUUUCUGACUUCGGCUUUGCCACUUUCCUCCGGACGGAUGAAACGAGCAAAGAGGAUGUCGGCACGCCAGCCUACAUGGCGCCGGAGCAGCACCUCCUGAAGAAGGGGAGCAAAGGUUAUGGACAUCCGGUGGACGUCUGGGCUGCGGGCUGUACACUGCACAUGCUUGUCUCCGGCGGCCGCCAUCCCUUCAUCAAGACAAAGGCGAACUCGAAGCAAGUCCUGGACAUGGAGAAGCUCUAUGCCGGUACCUUGGACUUCGGCGCCUCCAUGUUGGGCGGGCUGAUGGGAGGCGCCUUCCAGGCCGCAGCGCCGGAAGCACGAAGCCUCUGUCAGCGAAUGGUGUGCCCUGACAUCGAGAAGCGGCUUUCCGCUGACGACGUGCUGCAGGACAGCUGGCUCACUCGCACAUCACAGGAAGCGAUCCUGAACGCACCGAGCCUGACGGAGCAAGGCUAUGCGCAGCAUUUCCGACAGCUUCAGCAACAGCUGGCCAUCGCUGAAAAGCAACUCAAGGAGGCGGAAGAGCGGGAGCUGACACUGAAGAGCAGAUUGCAAAGCCAAGAUGAUUCAGUGAUGGUUGUCAGCAUUCCUCUAACACUUCCUGAGUGCAUGAAGCGAUGCUAUUCCUGUGCCUCGUGUACAAAGGCAAGCCCGGUUCAGAAAAUUGACAGAGAACGCGUGGUGAGGUGA